GGUGUGGUGUCCGACCACGUGACUAGCGCCUCCAAAAUGGCCGCGCCCACGGUGCGGGCGGGGAGGCGGGGCCAAGGGGUAAUGGCGGCGGUGGGCGUGGCUUCACUUAAAGGAGCCGCGCCGUACCGGAGUGGGGGAGUCCGUGAUGGCCCCUCGGUGCGGAGGGGGGGACGGGGAUUCGUGAGAGCGACCCCCCCACUCCCGGUUGAGGCCGCUGAGGCAGAGGAUGGGUGCGGGAUCCCCCCCGCUGUGUCCCCCCGUGUGGCCCCGGUGUUGCCCCGGUGUUGCCCCGGUGUCCCGGGUGGUCUGGGGGCGUCUCACGGGGGAGACCUCAUUUGUGGGAGGGGGGUGAGACCCCCGGGGGGUUCGUGGCUGUCGUGGGGCUGACGGCGGUCACUGGGGAGGGGGGGUGACACCGCGGGGCGGCGAGGGGCAGCACCGGGAGGGGGCAGGGGAGGACGGGGAACACCGGGGCAGAACGGGCAGGACUGGGGGUGACAACGGGGGAGAACGGGCAGCACCGGGGGAGAACGGACAGCACCGGGGGCGACACUGGAGGAGAACGGGCAGCACCGGGGGGGUGACACGGGGGAGAACGGGCAGCACCGGGGGUGACACUGCAGAAGAGGCAGCACCGGGGGUGACACCGGGGGGAGAACGGGCAGGACCGGGGGGGUUACACCGGGGCGUAACGGGCAGCACCGGGGGAACACGGGCAGGACCGCGGGUGACACCGGGGGGUGACGGGCAGGACCGGGGGAGAACGGGCAGGACCGGGGGAGAACGGGCAGGACCGCGGGUGACACCGGGGGUGACACCGGAGGGUAACGGGCAGGACCGGGGGCGACACCGGGGGAGAACGGGCAGCACCGGGGGGUGACACUGCAGAAGGGGCAGCACCGGGGGUGACACCGGGAGAGAAGGGGCAGCACGGGGGGGUGACACCGGGGAAGAACGGGCAGCACCGGGGGUGACACCGGGAGAGAAGGGGCAGCACCGGGGGGUGACACUGCAGAAGGGGCAGCAGCGGGGGUGACACCGCGGGAGAACGGGCAGCAGCGGGGCAGCGCGGGCAGCCCCGGGCGGGGACCGGCGCUAGGACCCGGCGCGGCGGGGCCCGCCCGGAUUCCAGGCUGGCUCCCGGUGUGACGUCACGCCCGGUCCCGGCCCCUCGCGCUCGGGAAAAUGCUGCUCUCGGUGCCGCCGCGCUCGGGGCUCCCCGCCUUCGCCUACAACAAGGGCGGCAAGAAGCAGCCCUAUGUGCCCCCGGCACAGCCCCUGGGCCCCCCCAGCCCCAGCCCUGCCGGGGGGGCCCCCGACCAGCUCAGCAAAACCAACCUCUACAUCCGGGGGCUGCACCCCGGCACCACAGACCAGGACCUGGUCAAGCUCUGCCAGCCCUACGGGAAGAUCGUCUCCACCAAAGCCAUCCUGGAUAAAACAACCAACAAGUGCAAAGGUUGG